CAUUUUGGUAUUAACCGGCAGUUCGCACACAAAAGAGAAACGUGAAAUUGAUUGUUGAUAAAAAGUUAAGGAUAAAACUAUUUCUGUACAAAAUUUCGAUCACCACCAUUCACAAAGAAGAAUUGCCAAAAUUAUUCAAUCGAACGUGAAUUAAUUUGGAAAGCCAUGCUUAUCAGCUCUAAGGCCGGAAUUGUUAAUAAAUAUGGUAAGUUGCCGAAGACAAGCUCACAUCAUUCAAUACGCAAGCCAAAUGAUGACAAAUAUACUGAGAUGUUGAGAAAUCUAAAGGCAUUUAAGAAAAACAGACCAUUCAGACUACUCGAGGACGAUAUUCGAAGUCUUAUAGCUACGGCUCGAGAGGUGCUGAUGAACGAUCCUAUGUUGCUUGAGGUUUCGGUGCCAUUGCGAGUCGUGGGUGACAUACAUGGCCAGUAUACUGAUCUGCUUCAGAUUCUGAACAAUUGUGGCUUUCCGCCGCAGACGAAGUACCUCUUCCUUGGCGAUUACGUAGACCGAGGAAAGAAUUCGGUGGAGACGUUGACGUUGCUGCUGCUGUUGAAAGUUAAGUUUCCGAAAAAAGUAUUCCUGCUACGCGGUAAUCACGAGUCCCAGUUCAUUAACCGUAUCUACGGAUUCUACGAUGAGUGUAAGCGCCGCUAUAGUACCAAGUUAUGGAAAAACUUUGUAGACUGCUAUAAUUGUUUACCCAUGGCGGCUAUAAUUUCCAAUCGCAUCUUUUGCUGCCACGGCGGAAUAAGUCGGAAUCUGACAGAGCUCGAUGAAAUCAAAGGUCUGCCGAGACCGGCAGAGGUGCCUGAUGAGGGCCUAUUUUGUGACUUGCUGUGGGCCGAUCCAGAUCCCUACAAUUUUGGUUGGAGUCCCAGUGAUCGGGGCGUUAGUUUUUUGUUUGGCCGUGACGUCCUUGAGAAGUUUCUGGCCAAACACGAUUUCGAUUUGGUUUGUCGUGCUCAUCAGGUGGUUGAGGAUGGUUACGAAUUCUUUGCGAAACGUCAAUUAGUUACACUAUUUUCGGCGCCAAAUUAUUGCGGCUUGUAUGACAAUGCGGGCGCUACAAUGGGUGUUGAUGAGAACCUCACCAUAACAUUCGAUAUUCUACAUCCAUCGCCUCAACAUAAAUUGUCGUUGCGCGAAACGCCUAAUUAUAUAACAGAGUUGGAACAGAGACGCAAAAUAUCCAAAUUGUGAUUAGACUCUUAUAUAUUUCUUUAUGAUAAAGCCAUUCAGGAACCAUUGUUAGUGUUUAGUCUCCACUAAUAUAAAUAUUUUAAGCAGAGUA